AAAGCACUUCCCGCCUUGAGAACGUCAAGCACUGUACUUCAUCGUCAUUCACGCUCUCUUAGCGUCAUGUAUCCAGCUCAAGCGCACGUCGUGAAGACGUUUGACAAACUCGUCAAUCUUGUCCCAGAUGCAGACAAAGCUCGGCCACAAAUCGUCUUGCUCGUCGGAGAAGUGACGCCGUUCAGAAAUGACACGGAUCGCGAGAUGACUUUCCGCCAGGAAUCUAACUUCUUCUACCUUACAGGCUGCACUGUGCCCUCUUCCUACGCAUUGCUCGUCUCGCAACCCGGGACAUCGCUCACGCUCCAUCCCUCCGUGCAGCUAUUCAUCCCUCCCAUCUCUCCCGAGGAUAUCAUGUGGUCUGUGCCUCCGCCCACACCCGAAGUUGCCUCCUCGACGCAUGACGCCACGUCCGUGAAACUCACCACAGACUUCGCCGCGGCGCUCGAGGAGACGCUGCGCGCAUAUCCCGACGCGCUCGUGCACGUCCUGCCACACUCAUCCCUCGGGUCUGCCACCGUCCCGCUCUUCCCCAUCCUGCCUCAGCGUUUCCGCGAUGUUAUCACUACCAUCCUCGGAAACGUCGUCGCCGAUUCGAAGGUCACCAACGCGUACCUCCUCAGCGCCAUCCAUCUGGCGCGGCUCACGAAGGACUCUUACGAGAUUGCGGAGAUCCGCAGGGCGAACGAGAUUAGCUCACGCGCGCACGAGACGGUCAUGCGUGUGCUCGGCCUGGGAGUCAAACACCUGCAGGAGGGCAAGGUUGUCAAAGUGCAGGGUCGCCCACACCUCCCUGGCGAAUGGCUCAUCGAGAAGGAAGCUGAGGCUGAGGCACUGUUUGUUGCAAGUUGUAGGCGUGAAAACGCAGUGCACCAGGCAUACAUGCCGAUCGUAGCGUCGUCGACGCGCGCAUCUACGUUGCAUUACUGCUGCAACGACAAGGCCUUUGCUUGGGGACCAGUCGGAGCUAAAGAUCACCUGAACAAUGGGCAUCUCACGCAUACUCACCCAGGCGAAGAUGAGCACUACAGCCGCAAGACUUUCGUUCCGCAAGUCCUGCUUAUCGAUGCGGGGUGCGAAUGGGACUGCCACGCUUCCGACAUCACACGGACGAUGCCCGUCGGCAAUGGCGGCCGCUUCACCUCCGAGGCCGCCGCCAUUUACGACCUGGUGCUCGAGAUGCAGUCCGAGUCGUUCAAGAUCCUGCGCCCGGGUCUGCACUGGGACGCCGUGCAGCUACUCUGCCACCGCGUGCUCGUGCGCGGUUUCCAGAAGCUCGGCAUCCUGCACGCGCCGAACGCGGAGACGGGGCCCAGCGUACCGAGCGGCGGCGGGUCGCGCUACUCGGAGGAGGCGAUCAUUGCGAGCGGCGUCAGCACUGCGUUUUUCCCGCAUGGCGUCGGACACAGUCUCGGCCUCGACGUACACGACGUGCCCAGCGCGAGCAAGCCUGAGGUGAACCCCACCAUCAAGCUCGAUGGCAUUGGGCACCCCGACUUCUACCGUUACCUGCGGCUCAGGCUACCACUUGCGGAGAACAUGGUGGUGACCGUGGAGCCCGGCAUCUACUUCUCGCCACACUUACUUACGGCGGUGCGCGACUCCCCGCUCAUCAACCACGGCGUGCUUGCCAAAUACGAGAGCGUCGGUGGUGUGCGCAUCGAGGAUGUUGUGGUUAUCACCCAGAGCGGCUUCGAGAACCUGACCACUGUCAAGAGCGAGCGCAAGUGGAUUGAAGCGGUCUGCAGUGGUGAGCUGUAAACGACUCCAGAGGUACAAAGCGAAUGUGUACAAUCAAUGUAUUUUUAUCCUGUCUGGAAUGUGCUGCUAGUGGUAUAACAGAGGUGCCAUAACCGAUUUGCUUGUUCGUGCGUGCCACCGAUACCCACACAUCCGAGGUACACUCAAUAAUACGAUCUUCCGCUUGCCUUCAUCUCCUCAAAAGCCUCCAUAUACUUAUUUGUGUGCUUGCUACGUCGAUGAGCCUGCUCACCGUCAGGAUACUCCACCUGAGUAUCUGAACGGCCGAGGUCCUGAGAGACAAGUUUGCCGGUUUCUGUGUGGUUCGUUUGGAGAACACCCCACUUCACCACUGUCAAGCAUGAUGUUCGCUCUUCAACUACUUCGGCCACAAUCCAAUGUUCCGGCCGUGUCUUGUUAAUGCCCACCAGGGUGUAGGAUACAUGAGGCGGGAGCACCCCGUGCAUUCCCGCCGCUCGGACUACAGCCGACUUGUCCACCUCGUCGAACCGGAGCCCGAGUUCGUUCGCCACGCCGGUGCAGGUGGUAUCAUCGGAUUUUCGCACGAUGCGACAUGGUCCAAGAGCGUAUGUGGAAUGCUUAUAGGUCGCUGCCUCCUCCGUGUAGAGUUGUAACUGGUUUACGAGUCGGAGCGUCUGGCUGCCCCGUGGCAUGUAGAUCGGAGGCGGUAGAGCAGGUUCGCGCUCCAGGUACGCGCUCCAGGUACGCCUUCCAGGAGUUCCAAAGCCCAAAGGGCCUGUCAACCGCUUACUGAAGAAAGAGGAGCGUGCGGUUUUCUGCCGGCAUGUGUUUUGAUCAGGAGCAUCCGCGCCGCCUCUGCGGAGAUGUUCAUCUCGUAUAGCGGCAGCGUCUCGCAUCCGAGAUAGUACGCAAGGCCGGCGAUCCUGUCCAGCUCGUUGCUGCAGCUGCGGGCCUUCAGCGAUUGGAUGAGAUCUGUCCCGUCGCUCUGGUUGCCUAUGCUCCACAGGAGGCGGUCCAGAAGGGUGAAGAAUGCAUCGGCAUCAGGAGAAGGUUUGCCCGUCAGUCCUCCAGGCAACCAACUUCCGACGGUCUCCUGCAGGGCCCAAACUCUGUUAAACCAAUGUCGAUCUGAGGUUAGGAGGUGUGGUGAUGGAUCAAACGGCAGUCCAGGACCGUUGAAAUAGGUGACACAUGUCCUGUGCACCAGUUUCCUAGGCCGUAUCCAGUGUGUAGGUCUGUAAAUUCAGCCGAUAGUAGGGACGUCGAGCUUCCACUGCUCAAGACGUUGAGGCUCGUCGUCUGCGCGGCCUUCUUGUCUCAGACACAAGACGUCCACCCAGACAUACGUCGCGCCCAGAUUUAGCAGCUCGACGUGGAUGUGCUCUGUCGCGCGGGAUUGGGACAGGCCACUGCCGACCGUUGAUGUUUGUCCACACCGACUUAUGCCCAGCAUCGGCUACCCAGCCGUGCGACACAGCCCAAAUGUUGCUAGGAAUCUGGUUGACGACUAUGUUUUCCCGCCGUGGCACAGCGUGAAGGGGAAGGACCUGGUUGCUGCACAAGUCCCACACACGCAGGGGCGGGAUGUUAGAGUUUUGGACGCAAGAGUCUGAUAUAGCGGCGCGUCUAAGAUCAUCGAGAUCCGUCUUGCGGUCCCCCAUCCAUCGUAGGACUUCUGCGUGGUCGUAGUAACUCCACCACGGACGCAUGUAACCGUAUGCUUCGCCGAAGUCUCGGGAGAUACGGAGAGUAUGUUCGAGGCGGUCCUUGAGGCCACGAUUAUUUAGAGUGUAUGUUGUACCGAGCACGUGGUUGAGACGAUGGAGAAGGUCGUCGACGGACAUAUCAGAGCAUUCGGCGAGGUCAUCGGGAAUGGCGUGAGGGUCCACAUGGACCCACUGAAAAGGGACAGAAGAGCGCUGCUCUGGCUUGAGAGCAAAGGUGGCUGGCCCGGUCGAUCUGAAAAGGACCUCUUCGGGGAUAGUACCUGACAUAGCGGGUUGUGCCACCCCCAGACAUUCAGUCGGUUAAGCUCCCCUUUGACCGGGGAGGGAACCGUAUCGUCGUCCAAGUAGAGAUACGUCCCUUCGUCCGGGAAGGGAACCGAAUCUUCGUCCGAGGGAACCGACUCUUGGUCCAGGGAGGAAAACGUGCCUUGGUCCAAGGAGAUAACCAUCCGAGUCCGCUCUUGAACGAAGGUAGGAAUCCUCGUCUCUCCGCUGCUCUUGUUUCCCCACGGAGCACCCUCAGAGAGGACAUCGGUCGAUGUUCCCUCCAAGCUGAAGCGUCGGCUCAUUGGCGAAGGACUAGCGACUGCCUAAGCACCACAUCAGCAUGGGCUGCAAAAAAAAA